UCCCUCCUGAGCAUCAGCCGUUGAGUGGCUGGUAAUUGGAGCGCUAUUGUCCAGGCAAUUCCUCCAUCACAACUCACUCGAACGUGGUCGUGCCAAGCCGAGUUGUGACAAUAAAAGGGUAUAUUCUCUGGACAACAAUAACCUGCUUCUUCCGAGGAAAACAAUAACUCAGGGUCUGCCGUUGCUGGCCGUGCUCGGGAAUGGCCUAAAUCGAGUAAGAAGGCUGUGCUUUGUAUGGAAUCUACAAGAAAGCUAGAAAAGAAGCGGGAUCAAAUGCCCUCUUGACUUCUUUUGUUGUGGAUUGAAGUACCGCCACGUGGGAACCAAGGACUUGGCCUUCGCCAGCCAUACAGCAUGCAAAUGCGACCGCAGCCUUCGUGGGCAUCCUUCGGGAGCGACAGCACGCCAGAUGAAGAAGCGGAUGACCACAGCUCUACAGGCGAUUCGUUCGACAGCGAUUUGAUGGAUCGGCAUAUCCGCACGGCCUCGACCGAGUUUACGGGGUUCAUCCCCUCCACCGGUGACAGGAAUGGGCCUCUUCCCGCCACGGGUACAGCGUACAUGCCCCCUAAGCCAAAGAGCGUCAAAGGCGCGGAGACGUUCCCUGAGCCGGCAGCACCGAAGCACCUUCUUCCGGAGAUGAAGGCGCAGGCACCUCGCCCCCAUGGCUCUUCCCGCCGCCGACAGGCUAACUGCCCGGUAGCCGCUCCUCCAGGCGUCGACCCAGUGGAGCAAGCGAGGAUCGACUUCAUCCGCAAGGCGCUGCCCCCCUCUGCCCCCCCAACGCGGCGCAGCUCCAUCCCGGGGAAAGAGCAAACACCCCCCACGCGGACAGUAGGCAAACGCGACACCUUGAGAGCAGACUUCCACCUGCCCCCUCGGGCAUCAUUCGAGUCCCGCGCUUCUUCCCGCGCGGAGUCCUCCUGUCCCUCGCUAUCCAAGAGCCAGUCGAGCUCCUCGGCCUCCUCCCUCUCCCCGAGCUCGGCAGGAUCGUCAGCGAACGAUCUUUCCUCCUCCAAGCCCACCGCACCUAUGCAAGGGUCAGCGCCAUUCAAGCUCUCCCACGCGAGCGUGAAAGAAGGCCGCCGCGUCUCCCAGCCAUUCGCUUUCCUCUCCCGUUCGUCUCCCCCAGUAGCAGGGGCGAAGAAACCUUCUGGCCCACCAACCAUACAGCCCAAGGGCGUUCCUCCCACCCACGGGCCGUCCAAGUCAGCGUCCAGCACCAGCCUGAGAGCGCGGUUUAACAGCUUUGAGCGCGGUGCGGUCACCCCUGUGCCCCCGGUCGACGCCGCAAGCCUGGUGGGGAAGAACAACGUCAUGAGCAAGGGGCUGGGUAGGUUCUUCAAGCGCAGCAACAAGAACUGAUCUUCCAGCGAGCCAGAAUCGCAAAGUCGACCGAGGUCGACCAAAUCUAGACAAUCCG